AACAGUCGCUUGCCGAAAUUCUAUCUUAACGUUUCUCAAUCAAUAUUAUUUUAUAAUAAACAAAAAAAUUAUUAAAAUUCCAAUAAUAACACACACAAAAAUAAAAUGAAAAUCAUAUUAUAUUUAUUUAUAAUUAAUAGUUUUAACAAAGUUUAUACACAGUUUAAUGCCUUCAAUUACAUACAAACACCAAAGGUACAAAAUAAUUUCAAUUUGAAUGGUCAAAGUCCAAAUUUAAGAAAUCGGGAGACAAUAAAUUAUCCAAAAUUACAAUAUAACACUAAUCAAAAUCCAUUAAUACAAAAUCAAUUUACAAUUUCGAAUAAUGUGCAACAACAAAAUAUAUUAAAUUCAAAUCAAAGAAAUCAAGGAACUGUAAAUUAUCAAAGAUUACAAUAUAGUGUCAAUCAAAAUCCAUUAACACAAAAUCAAUUCACUAUUUCGAAUAAUGUGCAAAAACAAAAUUUAUUAAACAGUAGACCCAUAGGAGACCAAAACCGAAUAAAACAAUAUAACACAAAUGUAAGACGAAAUCCCAAAUCAGCAUUACGAGGUGUUACAAUUGUGCAGGGUCAAGUUAAAGAAAUCGGUAGACCAUCGUCAGGAAAUUUUGCUACAAACCAACAAUACUCAACUAUACGACCACCGAAGCGUAACAUCCAGGAAAGAGCACUUAAUACUCCAUUGUUUGCAAAUGUUGUUACUACCCAACAGUAUUCCAACAUUCCGAUACCGAAAAGUAACACCCAGGGGAGAUCAGUUGGAACACCAACGUCUAAAAAUGUUCUUCCAACCCAACAAUAUUCCACCAUACAGGUUCCGAAGCGAAAUCCACAAGUUAGAACUGUUGAUACGCCGUCAUCAGUAAAUUUUGAUACAAGACAACAAUAUUCCAACAUUCCGUUACCUAAUCGUAACAUCCAGGAAAGAUCAGUUGGAACAUCGUCGUCUGGAAAUUUUGCCACAAACCAACAGUUUUCUAACAUACAUCAACUGGUAGCAACUAGUACACCAUCAUCUGCAAAUUUUGCAACAAACCAACAGUAUUCCACCAUACAGUUACCGAAUCGUAACUCCCAAGGAAGAGCAAUUAAUAAUCCAUCGUUUGCAAAUGUUAUUACAACUCAACAAUAUUCCAACUUUCCAGUAUCAAAUCGUAAAACCCAAGGAAGAUCAGUUGGAACAUCGUCGUCUACAAAUUUGGUUGGAAACCAACAAUUUUCCACAAUACAUUCUACAACGCAAUUACCGAAUCGUUACUCCCAAGGAAGAGCAAUUAAUAAUCCAUCGUUUACAAAUGUUGUUACAACACAACAUUAUUCCAACUUUCCAAAAUCGAAUCGUAACAUCCAAGAAAGAGCAAUUGGUGGACAAUCCACGGCAAAUUUGAAUACACCACAAAAGUAUUCCACCCUUCAGCAGCUACCGAAUCGUAACAUUGUAAAUCCUAACUCUCCCAUGUUUGAGAGUAGAUUUGGUGCAGAUGACAAUUUCAGCAGUAAUCAAAGCACUCAUCCUGACGUCUAUCAAUAUCAAUAUUCCAAAGGAUGGUCGGUACAUGAAGCUUUAAGUGUGGAUGAUCUUGUUAAACCACAUUUGCAAUAUCGAACAAAUUUAAAAUACUCCACACCAUAUACACCGGAAGCACAAUACUAUCAAAAAUUCUAUAAUAUUUAUAAUGAUGUUGAAAAUCAUGGUAGACAAGAUUUGAUUCAAUACGAAAAGGAAUCAGUUAAUGAUGAUUUUAAUGGUCGUUCAAUUGUAGCGCCCGGUCAAUACCCUCAUAUGGCUGCUAUAGGAUUUUUGUCUAAUGAAGACAAAAUUGAAUUCAAAUGCGGCGGCAGCUUGAUAAGUGAUUUAUUUGUGAUAACAGCAGCUCACUGUUGCUAUUUAAGUGGGGAAACUCCUAUUAUAGUUAAAUUGGGUAUUAUAAAUCUUAAAGAUCAAACCGGUAAUAGCAAUCCCCAAAGACGUGCCAUAAAGGAAAUAAUAGUACAUCCAAGUUACAAUUCUAAUACCACUUAUCAUGAUAUAGCUUUACUUCAGCUACAAAAACCGGUAGAAUUUACAAAAUUUGUACGCCCUAUACUACUAUGGACCAGCGAUCAUAUACCUUAUGAACGUGUAUUCACCAUGGGCUAUGGUUCCACCAGUUUUGCCAAAGCUCCCACUAACAUAUUGACGGAAUUAAGUCUAUCGUUAAUACCCUUGCAUAAGUGCAAACAAUCCUUACCGCCCAGUGAAAAAACCCCGCAUGGCAUAACAGAGACUCAACUAUGCGGUCGUGAUUUAGAAAAGAAUCGUGAUACAUGUCAGGGUGAUUCGGGUGGACCGUUGCAGUUAAAUUUGGAACAUCGUAAGCAUCGAAAUACAUAUCGUCAUUAUCUUGUAGGUAUUAUAUCGUAUGGAGACUUUUGUGGCAGCAAAAAGCCGGGUGUCUAUACACGUGUAUCGUCGUAUUGCAAAUGGAUUGCUUCAGUAGUGUGGCCCGAAUUCUUUGAAGGUUUUAAAAAAUAAUUCAAAUUAAUUUUAGAAGUAAGAAUAGUUAUGUUUAAUAUUUAUUACAAUUAUUUUACUACUCUAAUGAAAAAAAUAAUAAAAAAUUAUUUAUUAGU